AUGGAUCUCUAUAGUGAGCCGCCCGCUUUCGCUGAGCUUGACAAUUUCCCUCCUACAAAUGUUCCUUCCAGCAUAACCUUCCCACCUGUUACAAGCCUUUCUACUGCUACAAACUCCCCUCCUGCUACAACCUGGCCUCUUGCUACAACCUGUCCUCCUGAUAAAACCUUUUCUUCUGCUAUUACUGUCCCUCCUGCUGCAAAUCUUCCUCCUACGACGACCUUUCCUUCUGCAACAACCUCCCCUCCUGCUAAAACCUUCGUUUCUGCAACAACCUCCCCUCCUGCUAAAACCUUCGUUUCUGCAACAACCUGCCCUCCUGCUAAAACCUUCGUUUCUGCUACAACCUGCCCUCCUGCUAAAACCUUCGUUUCUGCUACAACCUGCCCUCCUGCUAAAACCUUCGUUUCUGCAACAACCUCCCCUCCUGCUAAAACCUUCGUUUCUGCUACAACCUCCCCUCCUGCUAAAACCUUCGUUUCUGCUACAACCUCCCCUCCUGCUAAAACCUUCUUUUCUGCUACAACCGCCCCCACUCUUGCAAUUCUUCCUUGUCCUCGAUCUACAACCUGGCCUCCUGCUACAACCUGUCGUCCUUCCACACCAGCGGCUUGUACCAGCAGCGUUGCUCCUCCAUCUCUGCUUCGAACCGGAAGCUUCCAACCACUCGCUUUCCAUGCACCAAUUGCCGUCCCUGCAGCAGCAACAUCUCGGCCGGCCACAACAGUAGCACCAGCACCAGUGGCAGCAACAGCAGCAACAGCAGCAUCAGUGGCAUCACCAGCAGCAGCAGGAGCAGGAGUAGCAGCAGCAGCAGCAGCAGCAGCAGCAGCAGCAGCAGCAGCAGCAGCAGCAGCAGCAGCAGCAGCAGCAGCAGCAUCAUCAACAUUGUCAGCACCAGCAUCUGAAACCAUGUACUCAACGCUGGCGUCACUGAAAGCAACUGGUUGGAAUGUCGCGCCGCCUAAUCCAAGCUCUCGCGCUGGUAACCAUGCAACUGCUGCCGCAGCAGUGGCAGCAGCUGUUGUUUCUGCUGGUGAUGCUUCUGCUGGUGCUGGUGCUGCAGCAGGCUCUGCUGCUUCUGGUUACAACGCACAUGCUGCACACUCUAUUCCAGUGCCAUUUCCAGCUGCUGGGGGAGCAAAAUCCUCAGACGAGCUCGCUCAUGGGCAGCAGGGACUGCAGCUGAGGCACAUUGGGGAAAUGGGGCAGAUUCCAGAGGCGAGAGAGCCAAUUCUUGAGCCGUCUCAGGCUUCAACCGGCCCCAACGCAGUCCAAUCCUUGAGUCCGUGGGAGCCGGGGGGGGGAGUGCAAUUGCAGCAGGGACUGCAGAUGAGGCAGAGGGGGCAGAUUCAAGAAGCGAGACAGACGGCUCUUGAACCGUCUCAGGCUCCAGCCGCGUCCAUCGCAGUUGAAUCCUUGAGUGCGUUGGAUCAGCAGGGGGGAGUGCUAAGGCAGCAGGUGCAACAACUUAGCAGUUGA